GAUUAGCAACCCACCUUUUAAGGUUGUCGCAUAUUCUUACGAUAAUUUUUCCCCGUAUAUCCACAAAAACACAUCAUACUCGUAAGUUAUUGAAGACAUAUUCCCACAGAGAAGGGUUCUGUUUUUCCAAAUGUGAAGAGGAAAUCAUCAAACAAAGCGUGGACCCGGGAACGAUGGAGACAUUCUUUUUACUCUCCUCUCUGCCUUCGGGGCGGAUACCCAACCUCCUCCCUGUUCUCACUUCUCACCCCGAGAAUCGAUCCACCGCCAUAAGCAAAACCUCAUUCACGACGAGCCGGCGUUUCGAUACUCUUUCUCCUCCUUUAACUAAGUGGGUGCAGGGAUUGAGAGGCGUAAUUCACAGAAAAGGGUCCCCAAAAACAUGGGUUUAUCUGCCAACAACGACAUUCAAAAAUGACUUCUUUCAGUCGAUUGAAUCAAAAUGACAGCGGGGGGUGAUGGCAAUCCGAGCAAGGACGAACAAUGGCCGUCGUCGACAAAGAGCCGUCUUCGGGAGAAGCAGGAAAGCUUGAAGCUUUACGGCAUCUUCGUUUUCGGUUUGAUUGGCUCCCUCGUCACCACUUUCGCGGUUUUGCAGUUGCGGAGAAAUGUUGAUUGGUUCUAUUCUCAGUCACAAGCAUCAGGAAAAACAUUCCGUUCAGCAUUUCAGGAGGAAGCAUGGAGGAGGUAUAAUCAGCGACUUGAGGAGGCGUAUGAAGAGGAAAUGGAAAGAGUGGAGCGUAUAAGGCGUAUGCAAAGAAUCUUUAACAGAGAGAGGACCAAAUAUAAAAGGAGUUAUGACAGAUGGAGUCAAAACGAUACCGGUGCAUACAAUUACCAUUUCCAGGAGGAUGAUUGGUAUUGGAAGGCUCACACAUCUUAUGGAGCUCAUUGGACCAAUUACAAGGAAAUGUCAAGGGAUAGAUCAACUUACCCGUUAUCACACCAUUAUUCAGUUUUAGGUCUUGACAGGUCCCGAAGGACACCAUACACGGAAGCAGAGAUCAAGACAGCAUUUAGGGCCAAGGCAAAGGAGUUCCACCCGGAUCAGCACCAGGUUAAUAAAGAAGCUGCAGAGGCAAAGUUCAAAGAAGUCAUGAUAUCCUAUGAAGCUAUAAAACAAGAACGAAGGAACAAAAUGUACUGAACAGAUCAAAAGUUCACACAGCUUACACAUUGGUGGAUUCCCAAGGGUUUUUCGGUUCAGUGGUGUGCACUCUUGUAAAGAAUAGCAUGAAAAUGGUUGAAACAGUUAGGCCUGAAGAUUGCUGUUUCUUGAAAAUCUUUCAUCAUACAUUGUAUUGACAGCAUAGAUGUCAACCAAAUGAGCUGUAUCGUCAUCGAGAAAUGCAUUGAGCAUGGUUGAGUUCAGUCU